AAGAAAACACAACUUGUAUCUAAACAUAACAUAAAGAAGUAAAUGAGAACAAUACAAAAUCUAAAAGCAGAUAUAUCGCAGUGCAAGCUUGAGGGUCACAAGACCAGACCAGUGACGUAGCGUGACUUUUUCAACUGGGUAUUCUCUAUUAAAGAAGAGGUUGGGGCAGGGUGUGGCUUGGUGGGGCUUGGUAAAAAUAAGGAAAUAAUAGGAAGAUUAAAAGGACUAGCUAUUGACAUUUUAUUUAAUUUUCUUGUUGGUUCGGUUGGCAAGUACCGCACUAUCAAGACGUUAUGAAUUGCUUUUGAUGGAAUGGCUUGCCAUGGCUGCUGCUAUAAGAGCAGAAAGGAUUGAUGUUGAUUUGCCAAAAUGGGAUCAGUCAACAUUUCUGGGAAGGCUAAAGCACUUUUUUAGUAUAACAGAUCCAAGGACUGCACUUUGCAGUGAGACUGAUUUGGAUAAUGCAAGCAAGCUACUAAGUCAGUACAGAAUUGGCACUGAACCCCCUGGCACAACAGAAGAGCAGAUUCGAUAUGCUCAAAAACUUUAUCUAUCAGCUUUCCACCCAGACACGGGUGACAAAAUGAAUGUAGUUGGUAGAAUGUCCUUUCAAGUUCCAGGAGGUAUGCUCAUCACUGGGUGCUUGUUACAGUUUUACAAGACAGUACCUCAAGUUGUUUUUUGGCAAUGGGUGAAUCAAUCGUUCAAUGCCUUUGUAAAUUAUACCAAUAGAAAUGCAAAAUCUGAUGUUACAAACAAACAAAUUGGAGUUGCGUAUGCCUCUGCAACAACAACAGCAACUAUUGUUUCAGUAGCUUUAAAUUCUUUAACAAGGGCUGCUCCUCCUCUGAUUGCCAGAUUUGUCCCAUUUGCUGCUGUAGCUUCGGCAAACUGUGUCAACAUUCCACUGAUGAGGCAACGGGAACUUACAAAUGGUAUUGCAGUUUAUGAUGAAAACGGGGAAUUUAUUGGACAUUCAAAAAGAGCAGCAGUAAAAGGCAUAACGCAAGUUGUUACUUCGAGGAUAACAAUGGCUGCUCCUGGAAUGUUAAUAAUUCCGAUAAUAAUGGAGAAGCUAGAGAAAUAUCGUUUUAUGCAGCGAAUUAGAAUAUUACAUGCUCCAAUCCAGAUUCUGAUGUGCGGUGUUUCAUUGGUUUUCAUGGUACCUAUUGGUUGUGCAAUGUUCCCACAAAAAUGCUCAUUAUCAGUGGAUCACCUUGAACCAGAAAUGAGGCUCAUUUUUGAAGAAAAAACUGGACACAAGCAUGGAAAAGUAUUCUUCAACAAGGGUCUCUAAAGUCAUUGAAGUCUGCUGGUUGCCAAUUUUUGUAUAAUCAGUGAUAUUGGAGGAUGUUUUUUAUAAUGAUGCAUGGGUGAUGUAUUUGCAAUUUGUAGUCGCAGUGAAGACAUAGAAAAGAAAUGGAAAUAAAUGACUGUGAAUUACUGCAACUUUGGAUUGCUAAAAUAGUAAAGUGCAAAAUUAAAAACAAAUUUUGAAUUUUGAUAACUGUGUGGCAGUUGGUAUGAUAUUUUAUUGUUACCUUAUUGUAUCAAUGCCUUAUUGUAGUGGUUCAAAACCAAAAUGUUAGUGGAUUGACAUUAACACUAUAAUAUGUAUUGUAAUCCCAUCGGGUGUUUUAUUCUAGUGAUAGUGAAGGAAAGUUUCAUAUUUUUAUAUGAAUGUCAAUGUAUUUUGUAGGCAGCAUUAUAUUAAUAUCAAAAUGUUUCCUCUACAAAACCUUGUU